GCCGCGAUCAGCUGGCAGUCACACCACCUCAACGUAAGGAACAGGUAGUGCAUCGGCGAUUCGUUCGUAGUUGAUAAAAAAAAUCAUGCAAGGGAACGCCGAUGUGUGUUUAUGGAAGCCGGACCCGAGGAAGAAAACAAAGAUAGAUGAAUUCCGAGAAUUAAUAAACAAGAAGCACGGUCUCCAACUUGGGGAUUACCAUGAGCUGUACAAGUGGUCGGUGGAGGAAUAUCCAUCUUUCUGGGGUGCCUGGUGGGAGUUCGCCAAGUUCGUGCACUCUUCCCCGCCCAGCCAAGUGGUGGACCCCUCCCUUGUUAUCAACGAAAUUCCUCGCUGGUUCUCUGGGGCCAAGCUCAACUUUGCCGAGAAUCUCCUGCGCUUCAAGGAUGACCGUGUCGCGAUUUAUGCCACAGGUGAGGGUCAGCCUGGCAUUACUACUAUCACAUACCAGCAGUUACACAAGAGCGUCGGUAUGUAUGCCAGGGCGCUGAAAGGGUGCGGAGUUAAAUGCAGUGAUCGUGUCGUUGGUUACAUGCCCAACUGCCCCCAGACAGUGGAGUCUAUGUUGGGCACAGCUGCCAUAGGUGCAACAUGGAGCUCAACCUCACCUGACUUUGGGGUCACAGGUGUUUUGGAAAGGUUUACGCAGAUAGAACCGAGUGUCCUCUUUACAGUGGAAGCAGUCGUCUACAACGGGAAGAUCCAUGAUCACACUGCCAAGGUCAAGAAGGUUGUUGCAGGCCUGAAGCACUUGAAGAAAGUUGUCAUUGUGCCAUUUGUGUAUAAGAAACAGGACAUUGACAUUUCUGACAUCCCAAAUAGCAUUUUCCUUGACGACUUCCUGGCCGAGUGGGCCACGGGGGAAGCCAUAGAGUUCGAGCAGCUCCCUUUCCACCAUCCGCAGUUCAUCAUGUUCUCAUCUGGAACAACCGGCAUCCCCAAGUGCAUGGUUCACUCAGCAGGGGGAACGCUCAUCCAAAUAGCCAAGGAACACAUUCUUCAUUGCGAUCUCACAAGGGAAGAUGUCCUUACCUACUAUACCACAACGGGUUGGAUGAUGUGGAACUGGCUUGUGGUGGGGCUUUUCACCGGCUGCUCUCUCUUUCUCUAUGAUGGUUCUCCGCUUCUGCCCACACCCUCCAUCAUGUGGGACCUUGUCGACAAGCUUGGAAUCACUGUCCUCGGCACAGGUGCUAAGUGGCUGGCCGUGCUGGAGGACAGGGGAGUAAAGCCUCGGGAGACCCACGACCUGUCCUCCCUGAGAGCCAUUCUCUCAACUGGAUCUCCACUUGCAAGCCACUCCUUCAGAUAUGUCUAUCGGGAUAUUAAGGAGGAUGUGAUGCUGGGCUCUAUCACAGGAGGAACUGACAUCAUUUCCUGCUUCAUGGGCAGCAACCCCACCUUGCCUGUGCAUGAGGGUGAGAUCCAGUCUAGGAACCUAGGCAUGGCAGUUGAGGCUUGGAACGAGGAGGGGCAGCUGGUUUAUGACACAAGUGCGGAGCUGGUGUGCACAAAGCCCUUCCCGUCCAUGCCCACACACUUCUGGAACGAUGAUGGCGAGAUCAAGUACACCAAGGCUUACUUUGCAAAGUACCCCCGCACGUGGACUCACGGUGACUUUGUUACCUUCAACUCCAAGACAGGAGGAAUAACAAUGCUUGGGCGCAGUGAUGGAACGCUGAACCCAAAUGGUGUCCGUUUUGGAAGCGCAGAGAUUUACAACAUUGUUGAACAGUUUGACGAGGUAAAUGACAGUGUGUGCGUAGGCCAAAGGAAUGCAGAGGGUGAGGAACGGGUUGUACUCUUUUUGAAGAUGCUCCCUCCCGCCGAACUGACACCAGAGUUCAAGCGCCGUCUGGCAGUGGCAAUUCGUACACAGCUUUCAGCUAGGCAUGUUCCCUCUGUCAUCCUGCCCAUUUCAGAAGUGCCAUACACCGUGAGUGGCAAGAAGGUGGAGGUUGCCGUGCGACAGGUCAUCCAAGGGGAGACUGUCGGAAAUCGAGCGGCACUCUCCAACCCGGACUCUCUCGACCUGUAUGCCAACCUCCCUGAACUGCAAGGUUGGUGAGGCUCCAAGGGACGGAUAGUGAGAUUCGAGGAAGGAUGGUGAAUCUACAAAGGUGGCAAGAUGCAUAAUGUAAAUCCACUUGUUGAUCUGUACUAGUGGCAAGUUAGGUGACCUGGUUCUGCACAAGAUGCUGGGGACAAGUCAUAUUAUGCUGACAUGUAAAAUGGAAAUUGAAGAAAAGCAAAGGGGAAGUGGUAAUAAAAACUGCAGAAGGAAGGAAGAAAAGAAAGUAAAAGUGAUAGGCUUAUAUUGCUGAUUAUGUGCCUUUUUAAGUGUCCUGGUGUAGAAAUUUGAUCUGGUUUAACAAUGAGAAUGUUAAUACUAUUUUUUUCAGUGCUGCUGAAAUUAUGGUCAAGAAUUGAUGAUCAUCAAAAAGUAUUGUGUUACUCAGGCUUUGUAACAUUAAAGUGUUGUUUAAGUUUUAGGUUGUUAAAAAAAGGUCUGUGACUGAAAAUAGAAUGUGAAGAGUAUAAUUAAAACAAGUUGGCAGCAUAUCAUUGCAUUUAUAAGAAAGCUUACUUUGGGUUAUUUUGCACUGCAUUAACUCUUAUGAUAAUUUAAAUAUGAUGGAUUUUCUCAUGUGUUAAUAUUCUGGUUUGUAUAAAUGUAAUACGUUUCAAUAACUUUUGAAAAUCAUCAGGAGUGUGAAUCUUAAAUGUAUUUUCUCAAUGAGAAAAUUACUUAUAUUGACUAUUUGAAUUUUAGUAAAGAAAAUCUUUCUCUGUCUCUCUCUUUCCAUUUUUUAAGGAAUUAAAGAAUUUUACAAAAGAUCUGUACAAGUAUUUGAAUAUAGUAUCAAGAGAUUUGGUUGAUCACUUGCACUAGACAUCAGUCUUGUGAAAUGCUUUCAGUACUGAUGCAAUCUGAGGUGUCACAACUGGAGUCACAGUGAAAAGUUUGAUGUUUAGGGUUUAGGUUAAGUGAAGAUAUGAUCGGGUUUUACAUCACAAACCCACACAAGGGCUAGGGUGGUGCCCUCUCCAGAAGGAUUUUGGUUUUGGCAAGGAGAACCCAUUAGCUCAAGUGGAUGCCCUUCCAAACAUAGAUCCUGGGCAGGAAUCGAAUUCUCAGGCUGGGUGACCAACGCUCAUGGUCUCCAGUUGCAGGCAUUACUGCUGCACCACGGCAGCUGCCUUAGAUUAAAUGAACUAAACUUAAUAUUAUGCAUUAGCAGGGAGCAAGAGUGAGUUUGAUAUAUUUGUAGGAAAAAGUGAGUAACUAGAAAAGAGACGUUAUUGACAGGUUUCUGUUAAAUCUUUACCAGAAUUGCAUGACGUAAUUGUAAUGAAGAUUUAAUCAAAAUACAUCAUUUAUGUUGCUCAUGUAUUCAAAUUAUUCGUUCUCAUCUGUAACUCUUUCUACUUUGGUCGUAAUAAGCCUGUGUGAUUGUAAUUUCUUUGUGAUUGUUUUUAUAGUUUCUGAGCUGUCAAUACUGUUGUGCAAUGUAUUCUCAGUCUGUUUCCUGAGAUGCGAUGAUGAAUCACAAAGAAAGGUCUUUUACUCAGCAUAGAAAACUGUGAUAGCUGUUUGGUAAUUUUUUUGUUAGGGUUGAAGAUAUAUAUACACAAAUAGGCUUUUAGUUAUGGAAAAAUCUGUAAUAAUUUUAUACAUUUUAUAAAUAUGCUGGUCUAUAUAAAGAAAGAAAUUAUGUAAAUUUAUAUAGAGGACAAAACCUAUAUGUAUAUAUCUUAACACAUUAUAUAUAAUGAGGAAAAA